AUGAUCAAAGCUCUGAAGGAGGUACUAGGCGAGAUCAACACAAAAUUGACAGCAGUAAACGAUGAGCUGAACGCGAAAAUGGCUGAAAGUGUGAAUAAUUCACGACCAGCUCAACAGGCUCAAUAUUGUGGCCCAUAUAAGCUGGAAAAGACCCUUGGUAAAGGACAAACUGGUCUGGUGAAGACGGGAACACAUUGUAUUACGGGACGAAAAGUUGCAAUCAAAAUUGUUAAUAAGGAAAAAUUAAGCGAAUCUGUUCUACAAAAGGUUGAACGGGAGAUAGCAAUUAUGAAGCUCAUAGAACAUCCACACGUUCUACACCUUUACGAUGUGUACGAGAACAAGAAAUAUUUAUAUUUACUACUCGAACACGUAAGUGGCGGCGAACUUUUCGAUUACCUUGUUCGUAAAGGUCGAUUAAUGUCAAAGGAAGCACGAAAAUUUUUUCGUCAAAUAAUAUCAGCCUUAGAUUUUUGUCAUGCACAUAAUAUAUGCCAUCGAGAUUUGAAACCGGAAAAUCUACUUCUGGAUGAGAGGAAUAAUAUUAAAGUAGCCGAUUUUGGAAUGGCAUCGUUACAAGUUGAGGGCUCAAUGCUGGAAACCAGCUGCGGUUCACCACAUUACGCGUGUCCAGAAGUAAUUAGGGGCGAAAAAUACGACGGUCGUAAAGCAGAUGUAUGGAGUUGUGGAGUAAUUUUAUACGCUUUAUUAGUGGGAGCUCUACCAUUCGACGACGACAAUUUGCGAAAUUUACUGGAAAAAGUGAAAAAAGGUGUUUUCCAUAUCCCACAUUUUGUACCAUCCGAUGUUCAAAGUUUGUUACGUGCUAUGAUUGAAGUGGAUCCAGCUAAGAGAUAUUCGUUGGCCGACGUUUUUCGGCAUCCAUGGGUGGCUGGAACAGCUAAAAAUGAGCCUGAACUGGAAUUACCUAUGUCACAAGUUGUUCAGACACAUAUUAUUCCGAACGAGGAGAGUAUUGAUCCGGACGUGUUUCGUCAUAUGAAUAGCCUAGGAUGUUUCAAGGACAAGCAAAAAUUAAUUAAUGAACUUCUAUCAACACGGCAUAAUACCGAAAAGAUGGUCUACUUCCUUCUUCUGGAUCGGAAACGAAGACGACCGGCCCAGGAAGAUGAGACAGAGAUUGUUUUACGUGGAUCAGCUCAACAUAACGAUCCACCGAAGAAAAGAACUGAUUCUGCGAGAGCUAAUCGAUAUGCUGUAGGCAGUAUAGCCGAUGGAAGUCCCAUCAAUCCAAGAAAAACCUAUGGACGACAUCGCUCAGGACGUCAUAGCAGCCUUGGCGGAUCACCGACAGAAUCGCCACGAUCCUCGACACGCGAUCUGUUCUCCAGUUGUAAUAGCGGAGUCUAUUCGGCUCGUACUCAAGAGGAAAGAGGGCGAUCUUCCGCAAGAAAUACAAACAACUACCACUACUACACCCAACCGGUUGAUCCACAAACGUUAGCAGAAGCGGCUAGGCACGUGCGAGCUGUUCGACAAGAGCAAGAACGACGUGAAAGUCGUGAUGCGCGUGAAAAUCGUGAAACUCGUGACCGCGCUCCCGGUCGUGACAGGACGGAAAGUCGGGAUUCACCGAGGAGUGAAGUGAUCACAGAGGUAUCCAAAUGUCCAUCACCACCAAAGAUGUCGGAUUCUAUGAUAAGUACUGGAUUGGGGUCUACUACAUCAUCCACCAACAGUCUAAUAACAGGAAGCAGCCAAGCAAGCCUCAACACCUCAUCUGGCCCAUGGAAAUCGAAACUGACAAACAUUAAGAACUCAUUCCUUGGAACUCCACGUUUUCAUCGAAGGAAAAUGUCGAACGGUACCGCGGAAAGCGAUGGCGAGGAUAGCCAGAUGAUUGACACUAGCGAUCUGGUAAAAAAAUCCUGGUUCGGAUCGUUGACGUCCAGUAUAAGUGUGGAACGAGACGAUACUCAUUGUGUACCGGUACAAGGAAAAACAUUAAACGCUAUAAAAGCCGAGCUAAUUCGUGCUUUCCUUACGAUACACGAGUUAAGCCAUUGUGUUGUUGGUCAAAAUUGUUUUCGUGUCGAGUAUAAACGUGGUCCGACUGUUGGUGGAGGAGUGUUUAGUAGAGGAGUGAAGAUGAAUGUGGAUAUUGUUUCGUCGCCUCAACAGAUGGUUGUAAUGACUGGUGAAUCGCCUACUUAUGUGGUUCAAUUCGUUUUACUGGCAGGACCUGUGCGUAGGUUUAAACGUCUAGUCGAGCAUCUAUCAUCGAUACUACAAAGUUCCACACAACAACGGGCUGAACGGGCUCAACAAGCGGCGCUGAUGGUUAGACCUCGAAGGCUGUCGGAUUCAAGUGUCAGCAGUGCAUGUUCGGAUACGGAAAGCAACGCCAGCAUGAAUAUUCUCGGACGAACAGGGGACAAGGAAUCUGGCAUUUCGGUUGAUCCGUACUCGCAAUCACCAUCGAUGCGUUCUGUAGGGAGUAGUACAUCUAACAAUGCUUCAGGUUUCAAAUCAUCAUCUUCAUCGUCAAACGCGCAACGGAGGAAUACGACCGCACUUGUAGAGCCGAAUAGUGGUGUAAAUCGUUUUUCCACACAUCCUCCUUACACAAAUGACACAAAAAUCACCGUUGUCAGGCCAGAACAGAGCUCACCAAAAAGUCCCGGUUCAUAUCAUCAGUCGAAGCUCAUCGAAUAUCCUCCAAAGCGUCAGUCUAGUCAAAAUUCACCAAGAAAUUUCUCAUUUUCUAUAAUAGGGAAGUCGGAUAAGGUGUGA